CUGCAGUAUCGUCUUGAGUACGAUGAAGACAUGGAAAAAGCUGUCAACGAAUUGUCACAGGCGGCGAGGGAAGGAUCGCUGUAUGUCAUCGCUGAUGAAGUAGGGAGUGUUUACGGACCUAGCUUCAUGAACAACAGUUUCAAGCCUUUCUGUUACCAGCUGCUGACACGAGUUCCUGGACUCCAUCUGUGGGCGGCAAGUUGUUUCCAUGGAUACGAACCCGCCGGCUGGCAAGUGGAACAUUUAACCAGACCCCUCCGCUCUCCACCGGUUGUCGUCAGAAAAGUCAAGCAGGACAAGAUGUUCACUUCAAACAUUCCUGUCCUGCCGUACAGUGAGGGAGGUGUGUCCGACCACACAGACGGCCCGCCAGUCAAACGACUGUAUCACCGAGGUCAGGGUCACUUAGGUCUCUGGCCAGGUGACUGUGUCACGUGCGGUCGUGAGGUGGCCAGCUUCCUACACAGUCUCCAUGUUGGUGUUACAGAGAGUGGGACAACAACAUCUACAACAGUCACCUCCACCAGCGGCGGCACAACACCACCCUGUCUACAUUGGAGAGACGUGUUUGUGUUGUACUGGGAUGACGGUAGUGACAACUCGGGUAUGGUGACAGGACUGCAAGAAGCGGGUAUCCCAGUGCAGGUGAUGAAGCAUGAUGACAUCGAUGACGUGGCCACGGCCCGCAGUGACGUAGUCUGGGUGGCGCGAGGAAGUCGUGUUCGUGGUCUGGAGAGAAAAGUCGUCGUGUGUCUGGAGGAGACAGUCAGUCCUGAGUACGAUCGGAGAUUUGUUCCUUUUUAUCUCAUGUCCCGCUGUACAUCACAACUUGUGAUUGUCUUCUCCGAUCAACAGGCACCUGAAGAUGAUGGACACUAACACACCUGUCACCUGUUGUAGUCGUGUGUCUGCCUCGCUCUGACAUCAACACUUGUCUUGAGUGUUUCUCCUCGUCUACUCUCAGUCUAUCGCCAAUUCAUCAAUACAUGACGUCAUUAUAUUUUUAAACAACACAAGGUCUAUGUCUUUGUUUACACAACAACUAGUGUCAACUACAGUUUCAUACAGUCAACACGCUGAAUCUUGUUUACUUUACAAUAUCGUUAUAGAAACAAUGUGUGUAUGGUAUGCCAGACUGUCCUUAACUGAAAUAAGAUUUAUUUUACAAUGCUCUUAUAAUUAUUUAUAUAUAUAUUUAUAUGUAUCAUAGUGUUUGACAUGUCCGUUUAUGUGCGUGCGGGUGUGCAAGAGUUUGUGUGUGUGCGUAUGUGCGUAUGUGAGUAUGUAACUGUGAAGUCAGUGAGUGAAUGUGUAUGUCUUCUGUUGCCGAAAAAAUAUUGAGUAUGUUUUAGAUAACCAGUGUUUAUCAAAGGGAACAGGAUUCUUUGACUAACUAGAGACAAUUCGCUCAAUCAGAUCAUGUCUACUCACUCCUAUCAGCCUCUUAACUACAUCCAACACUCUAGUCUCAGUUACACGUCGCAUUUUGAAGUAUUUUGAAGAGGUUUUUGUCUGACUUGGAACCCGUUGCACUUUGAAAAACAAGGGUAAGACUCUUCUUGUCAUUUAAAAACAGCCUAGAGACAUGCUUAAUUCUUUUAAAAAAAUUAAAUUAAGUUACCACGGAACCAGUUUCAGACAAUCUCCAGCGUAUGAACAAUGUAUCUUUAUAGACUAAUGUACUUUGUAUUGUCAUUUGUGUAGACAUUGACAGACUAGCAACAUGAACUGUAGCAUGUAGAGAAGAAUUUAUCUUGUGCUACACUAAUCUACUUUGUAUUACAGUAAUUACUCGCUAUAUUGCGGUCCA